AUGGAUAAAGAUUUUGUAGUACCAGAUGAAUUAUGGAAAUGUCGUGAAACAGAAGGCAUCGAUUACCAGUUAAAUAUUCUUUAUCAAAAUCGUAUUAAAAUGUUGAAAGAGAGAAUUCUUGCAUCGGCAGAAGAACAGUAUGGAAAUGAUAUUAAAUUUUCUGAUUUUUUUUCAUUACGAGAAGGUGAAUCAGGACUUCUUUAUGGUGUUAUUCAAUUAAAAAUGGAAAAUAGAAAAAGUUUCAUUGUUAAUUUGGAGGUAGAUGAAGAUAUUUUAUUACCAAAUGAGGAUAAUCGUUUUGGGGAGAAAAUUAAAAAAAGUGAUAAAGAUUGUUUAAACUUGGUGGUUAAAGACUAUGUAUUGAAAUUAGAAAAUAUUGAUAUCUACAAGUAUUGUCAUGGAGCUGUAGUUGGAGUUUAUGGUUCUAAAAUGGGAGAUACACAAUCAUUUUUAGUAAAAGAUGUCAUUUAUCCUAAACCUGCCCUACAAAAAGAAAGAAUAAAAACUGAUAAAGAAACGCUUAUUUGUUUUAUUUCUGAUCUUAGAUUUUCCAAGGAUCAAGAUUCUGAGAAAGAAAAUUCUUUGGGCUUUCUCUUAGGUCAGUUUCAGGGAGGUAGCACUGAUUUACUUGAACCAUUUAAAGAUACAUUCCAAAAUGUGGAGCGAAUUGUUGUUGCAGGUGGAUCAUUUGACGACUCUGAAUUUUUUAAACGUAGCUAUAAUAUAUUGGAUUUAAAAGAACCAUUAAUCAGCCAUGAACAGAUUACUGAAGCUGAUAAAUAUUUUGAAAGUUUAACAAAGUUUGCUCCAGUACAUGUAAUGCCGGGUAUUUGUGAUGUAGGAAGUGGAUCAUGGCCUGUUCAAGCACCUUUUAGAAGAGUUUAUCAGAGGUGCAAUAAAUUAAUAAAUAAUUUUUUCUUAACUACAAAUCCAGUAUUUUUUGAAAGCAAUGGUGUAGUAUUUUUAGGAAUCUCAGGUGAGAGUGUCGCAGAUAUUUUAAAAACUAGAACAGAUGCACAUUGUCUUGACGUUAUGGAAGAUCUCCUCAAAUGUCAGCACCUCUCUCCAUCGGCUCCUGAUAAUAUGAGUGUUUUUGUUAAUAAAACUACCGAUCAUAUGGUUUUGAAUAGGACCCCACAUGUGUUCUUUUGUGGUGGUCAAAGUAAGCAUGAAAGAAGGAAAAUAAAACUAGGCAAUUAUGAAGUUCUCCUUAUUACUUUGCCUUCAUUUUCUACAACUAACACUGUACUUUUCUUCAAUACAAAAACAUUAGAAACUUUUGAUUCUACUUUAAAUAUGUGCACUUAA